CGCAGCCUGCAUCAAACCACACCCAGCCCUUCCCUUCCUUAGGAUAAAACGCCGGAGGAGAAGGCGGGAGUGGGGUGGAAGGGGGAGUGGAAGGCUUCGUCAUGUCGGACGCCCCCGCCGGCUGCCGCGUGUUUCUUUGGCUGCGGCGCGGCUGCGGGGCCCUGGCCCACUUGGCGGCUUGGGGGAUGACUGUUUUGCUGCUGCUGCUCUCCAGGCCUGGCACUAGUUUAUUUUCCUGGCACCCGGUGUUCAUGUCAAUUGCAUUCUGCCUCUGCCUGACGGAAGCCAUCCUGAUCUUCUCUCCAGAGGGCUCCCUUUUCUUCUGCUCCCACAAUGUAAAAGUGCAGCUGCAUUGGAUUGCACAAAUGUUGGCCCUCGGGGCUGCCACCUUGGGAUUGGUCUUCAUUAUCUCCAGCAAGAACCGGAGUGAACUACCACACUUCAUCUCUUGGCACAGCAUCCUGGGUCUUCUGACCAUAUUGGCCACCUGUGGGCAAGUUCUGUGUGGAUUGGGCCUGCUGUUUCCACAGCUAAUAAGGAUUUCAUUAGCGACUCAGCUCCGGAGAUGCCACACCGUGUAUGGACUGAUAGUUUACUUGCUGGCCACUUUUACUGUAGUACUGGGCAUUUGCUCUGACUGGUUUCAGGCCCAGAUCAAAGGCGUGGCUUGGUAUUUAUGCCUGGGAUUGGUCUUUUGUCCAGCCCUGGUAAUUGUGAACCAGACUUCUAGAACUUGUUUGUCGAAGAAGAGACAGUAUGUUUGAGAACUAAUCUCAGUAGGACGCCCUGGAAUCAACAUUUCAACACUAUUAUUUAUGUGUUCUCUUUUUUAUCAUGAUCUUUGUUACAUUCCCACUUGA